AUGAAGCUAGUGCUCACAGUGUCUGUAGCUGCAGCUGCAUUGCUCCUACAUGUUACAAUUUCAAGUGCCGAGAACCCCUGUGCCAAUGGACCACCGGUAGAAAAGAACCCAAUGGAGUGCUGCAAUAUGCCGAUGUUGUUGGAUAAAGAUAUCAUGAUGGAUUGCUACCAGAAAUACGCCGAACAAACUAAAAAGCAGAUAAAAAUGGACGGAGUUCCCCGUGGAUGUUGCAUUGCAGAGUGUGGCUUAAACGCUACGGGCCUCUAUGCCAACGGUAUGAUAAAUCGGGACGAUAUGACCAAGAUGUUUAUGGAUGCUGUGAAGGAUAUGCCACAGUGGCAAAUGGUCAUCAGGGACAGUUUGGACGAAUGUUUCAAGAUGGCCGAAUCAAAGAUGGACGAGAUUGAAGCCGGAGCUAAGCUUGAACCGAGCUUCGAAGGUGAAAAAAUUUGCCACCCAAUUUCCGGCACAAUCAUGCGAUGCAUGGGCAUGAUGAUGUUUGCAAAGUGCCCGGCCGGAGACUAUACCGAUGGCAAAGAGUGUGAUCAACUGAAGGAGUACAACAAAAUGUGCCCAGUUAUUUAAGUGGAUUUAGUUCCUCUGUUGGUAAAACUGCAAGUUCAUAUUGUUUCAUGCUUCUGGAAAUGCGUACGCCGAGCUAAUAGUAAUAAAAAUGUUUUAUUGUUGCAAAUUA